CACAGGUUGGAGAAACAGCCAAAUUAGACCCUAUAGAAAGUGAUGCGUCUCUUCUUUUUUCUUUUUACACAAGCGAAUUUGGCGUGGUGCCAUUCAGCAAUUUAGAAUGAAGGUCACAGGGUAUUUAGAACCAAGAAAUAUUUUGCAGAAGAAGCAUAUUGCAAAGUAUAGCCAGCCAUGUCCUUCAAGCUUGUGUUGGUGGUGUUUUUGUUGGUGACAGUGGUAGCCAGUGAAGAUACCAGUUUCAUCUAUAACGGGUUCCAAUCAUCCCAUUUAUAUGUCGAUGGUAUUGCUGAGUUGACUCCAAAUGGCUUACUCAGACUGACCAAUGACACAAAGCAACAAAAGGGUCAUGCUUUCUACCCAAAUCCUAUAGUUUUCAAGAACACCUCAAAUGGAACCGUGUCUUCUUUCUCGACAACUUUUGUGUUUGCCAUAAGACCCGAAUAUGCAGCUUUGAGUGGCCAUGGGAUUGUUUUUGUAGUUGCUCCAACAAAAGGGCUUCCAAAUUCUCUACCAAGUCAGUACCUUGGCCUUUUCAAUGACACCAACAAUGGCAACAGUAGUAACCAUGUGUUUGGUGUUGAACUUGACACCAUUCAGAGCAAGGAGUUUGCUGAUAUCAAUGACAACCAUGUUGGAAUUGAUAUCAAUGACUUGAAGUCAGCCAACUCAACUUCUGCAGGGUAUUAUAGUAGUGGUCGGUUUCAAAAUUUGACCCUUUUCAGUGGCUACCCGAUGCAGCUAUGGGUGGAAUAUGAUGGCGCGAAGAAGCAGAUUGAUGUUACUUUAGCUCCAAUCAACAUGGAUAAGCCACAACGCCCUUUGUUAGCAUUGACCAAGGAUCUUUCUCCAAUCCUGGACGAUAGCAUGUAUGUUGGAUUCUCAUCAUCUACUGGGUCAGUCCAUACUUCCCAUUAUAUUCUUGGUUGGAGCUUUAAGGUCAAUGGCCAGGCUCAACAGCUUACAAUCUCUCAACUUCCCAAGCUUCCUAGACUUGGUGGUAAAAAGGAGGCUAAGUUUCUCACUGUUGGGUUGCCUUUGAUUUCACUAACUUUGGUUUUUAUGUUGAGUCUAGCCGUGGCUUAUCUCAUCAAAAGGCAGAGGAAGUUUGCUGAGCUGCUAGAAGAUUGGGAACAGGAAUAUGGUCCUCAUAGGUUCAAGUACAAAGAUUUGUACUUUGCCACAAAGGGUUUCAAGGAGAAGGAGCUACUAGGAACUGGUGGAUUUGGUAGAGUCUACAAGGGUGUGAUGCCAAUUUCCAAACUUGAGGUUGCAGUGAAGAAGGUGUCUCAUGAAUCCAGACAAGGGAUGAGGGAAUUCGUGUCAGAGAUUGUAAGUAUUGGUCGUCUUCGCCACAGGAAUUUGGUUCCCCUUUUGGGCUAUUGCAGACGCAAAGGAGAGUUGCUUCUGGUCUAUGACUACAUGCCAAAUGGAAGCCUAGACAAUUAUCUUUAUAACCAACCAAAAGUGACCCUUAAUUGGAGCCAGAGAUUUAGAAUCAUUAAAGGGGUUGCUUCAGGUCUGUUUUAUCUACAUGAAGAAUGGGAGCAAGUCGUGAUCCACAGGGACAUUAAGGCUAGCAAUGUACUAUUAGAUGCAGAAUUGAAUGGUAGAUUAGGGGACUUUGGUCUUGCAAGGUUGUAUGACCAUGGAACUGAUCCUCAAACCACCCAUGUGGUUGGAACUCUUGGGUAUCUUGCACCUGAGCAUACUAGAACUGGUAAGGCAACUACAAGCUCUGAUGUGUUUGCUUUUGGUGCAUUUUUGUUAGAGGUUGCUUGUGGAAGGAGGCCUAUAGAACAUGUAGGGGAAUGUGAGACCAUAAUUCUUGUUGAUAGGGUGUUUGAUUGCUGGCAAAGGGGUAAGAUUCUUGAGGCAAAGGACCCAAAUUUGGGGUCAAAUUAUAGGCCAGAGGAGGUGGAGUUGGUGUUGAAACUUGGUUUGUUGUGCUCACAUUCAGAAUCCUUAGUGAGGCCAAGCAUGCGCCAAGUUGUGCAGUACUUGGAGAUGGAUGUACCUUUGCCAGAUUUGUCUUUGCUUAGUUUAUCUUCCACUGGCUUAACUUUUGGGCACCAUGUGGAUUUCGGGGACUUCUCAAUGUCUUAUACAUCUUCUACGGAUAAGCCAUUCUCCCACUCUACCCAAACUUCUACCGUUGCUGAAUCACUUCUCUCUGGUGGUCGUUGA